AUGGCACCGAAAAGCUGCAAGCUGGGUGCUUUAGUCGUGCUUGCGGGAUGGCUUCCACUUACACAUGCGGCGCCAGCAAGUAGUGGGGGUGAAUCUACAUGUAGGAAGACGUCUGUGGCGAUAUUAGGUGCCGGAAUGGCUGGUAUCACUGCCGCUCAAGCCUUGCACAACGCCUCAGUGUCCGACUUUGUCAUCAUCGAGUACCAAGAUAGAAUCGGUGGCCGGGCAUGGCACGGCGACUUUGGCAAGAAAUCGGAUGGCAGCCCGUAUGUGAUUGAGUAUGGCUGCAAUUGGAUACAAGGGCUUGGAAAUACUAAAGGUCCUCAAAAUCCUGUCGACUUAUUGGCCCAAAAAUACCACCUCGCCAACACUUACUCAGACUACGAUUCCAUCCUGACUUACGAUGAAACGGGAUAUUCGAAUUAUUCUGAUCUCCUAGACGAGUAUAACGAUGCUUAUGACACUGCCGCAGCGAAAGCAGGCCGAUAUCUUGUCCAGAAUUUGCAGGAUGAAACUAUGCGCGCGGGUCUUUCCCUUGCAGGAUGGAAUCCUAGGCAUGGCGAUAUGAAGAAAAUGGCGGCUGAGUGGUGGAACUGGGACUGGGAAGCUGGAUACCCCCCUGAAGAGUCAUCCUUUGUGUUUGGCGUUGCGGGCGACAACCUCACCUUCAACCAGUUCGGCGACGCCAAUAACUUUGUCAUCGACCAACGCGGCUACAGUGCCAUCAUCACUGGCGAGGCGUCGACGUUUCUAACCAAAAACGAUCCUCGGUUGCUGCUCAAUACCCAGGUCACGAACAUUAGCUACUCCGACAGCGGCGUCACAAUACACAACCACGACGGUAGCUGCGUUUCUGCUGCCUAUGCCAUAACGACCUUCUCACUGGGCGUGCUGCAGAGAGGCACCGUGCGCUUCUCUCCUGAAUUGCCGCAGUGGAAGAAGAGAGCAAUCCAGAAUUUCGCCAUGGGGACUUACACCAAGAUCUUCCUUCAGUUUAACGAGACUUUCUGGCCAGAAGAUAAACAGUACUUCCUCUAUGCUUCGCCCACGACAAGGGGAUACUACCCGGUAUGGCAAUCUCUAUCGACUGAAGGUUUUAUGCCCGGGUCAAAUAUCAUCUUCGCUACCGUUGUGGACGAUGAAUCUUACCGUAUUGAACGACAAACCGACGAAGAGACUAAAGCAGAGGCAAUGGAGGUCCUUCGCCAAAUGUUCCCCAACGUUACCAUCCCCGAGCCCAUCGCCUUUACUUACCCUCGCUGGACCUCUGAACCGUGGUCUUACGGAAGCUAUUCAAACUGGCCGCCGGGCACUACUUUGCUAGCCCAUCAAAACCUACGAGCCAACACCGGGCGCCUGUGGUUCGCCGGCGAGGCCACCAGCGCAGAGUAUUUUGGCUUUUUGCACGGGGCAUGGUUUGAAGGCCGCGAGGCGGGCGCCCAGGUUGCGGCGUUGCUUCAGGGAAGACCAUGCGUGCAGUAUGGAAACGAUAGGCUGUGUGGUGAGAGGAUACAUUAUAACAUGUUGACGGGGACGUCGCCGUUGAGUCAGUAUAGCAUAUUGAAUGGGUGGGCUGUGAGCAGUCUCUAUGACGGCGAUGACUGAUAGACUUUACAUAAAUCACAUGCAUUUCUGCGUGGUAUUAAUAUAUAGCAUCUAUUAGUAUAUAAUAUGAGUUGCUAUUUGGGUAUACCUGAGCGAAUAAAAGAGUAACUGAGUCUCUUAUUGAAACAAGCGAG